UUAUCCUCAUGCACAAGAUUUUCUAGAGUAUUCUUAACCUUACUCUCAAUCAGAAAACAAAUACCAAAAUCUACACUUUUUCGGUUCACCAAGUACAGAGUUCGCGAUGACAGCAGUAGCCUCCGGCUUCGUAUCUUUUUCGCCGGCGCUGCAUCUGGCCAGAUACAGACGGUCAUGUCCCAACAUUCGAACUCGGUCUCCCGUGGUUUCAGCAUCCUUAACCCAAAUCGAAGUAGACACAAUAACAACAACAACAGGCCUCUAUUCAACUAUUGUCUCCUCAAAACCAAUCUCGAAGGCCUUGCAUAACAUAUCUCUAGCAGAUCUGGAUCCAGGAACCGCGAAACUUGCGAUUGGGAUCUUGGGUCCUGCCUUAUCAGCUUUUGGCUUUCUCUUUAUUUUGAGGAUUGUUAUGUCUUGGUACCCGAAACUUCCCGUUGACAAGUUCCCUUACGUUUUGGCGUACGCUCCGACCGAACCGAUCCUUGUUCAGACGAGGAAAGUGAUUCCACCACUUGCAGGAGUCGAUGUAACCCCAGUUGUUUGGUUCGGGCUUGUGAGUUUCCUUAGUGAGAUUUUGGUUGGUCCACAGGGACUUCUCGUUCUUGUUUCUCAACAACAAAUUAGCUAGAAAAUCUGAGAAUCAUACUCCCUAAUACAUUUGUUUAUCUACACUCUGUUGGUCUCUGUUGAUGGUAUCCCUUUGACCUUUGUGUAUGUUUUGAUCAUUACUCCUCGAAUUCAGGGCAUACAUGUUUUGAGAUUUGGCCCAUUUCAUAUUUGUAUCCCGAUUGUCUUUAAGCUUUAGUGUUGUCUUUUAAGCAUUUUGUUUAAAAUCAUCAUCUAAAAGUGUAGUCGAUUUUCAUAUCUAGCAUUUUGUCCUAGAUGUGCUGGUCCAGUGGAGUCUCGAU